AUGUCAGAAGAAUCAUUUGAGGUUUUCAAUUCAGGAGAAGGAGAAUCUGACUCAUUAUUUCAUGUUUCCAAUUGGGACUUACCCUUAAGAACCAAUGUGGAAGUAUUCGAAAGCCGAAGGAGGUUGAAGAUUUUAUCUGAUCUCAUCCCUGACCAAGAAGAUUUUUCGGAUCCGACUUCUUUAUCCCCCAUUCCUCACGUUUCUCGACUUUCCCCUUCCGAUCCAUCUGACCCUGAACAUUCCGCAGCGUUUGACCCUAAGGAUACUUCACACCCUUCGAACCAUUUCGACCAAAGGUCAUCUCAACACCAUUCAGUAUCAUCUGAAGAUGAAAGGUCAAUCUCAACAUUCACCGCUCCACGAUUAGGACCUGAACUUUUACGUCGAAUAAUUUCUUUUUGUCCACCUUCAACCUUGAGUGUAUUAUUACGAACAAACCAAUCACUUUUUCUCCUCUCUUCUCAACAUCUUUACCACACAAUAGAUCUUCGUCUUCCUGAAUCUCAUCCCACUUCUGCAACAUUCAAAAAAUGGACCAACCAACUGGUCGGUUGGGAUCUUCCAUCCAAUUCAAAUCUCAAACUCCUUUUAUUAUCACAAACCAGGAUUCUAGAAUUCGCAGCUCUUCAUCCGACUCAUCCAAAGAUAGAACCACAUUUAACUCUAUCAAUAUUCCCUAAAUGUCACAUCGUUCGAUUAUUGGCAUGGACAGGAUUUGUCGGAUGUGAUAAUCGUUUUUGUUCAUUAUUCGAAGGAUGUAAAGCUGAAAGGGUGGUAUUAGAUACGGAAGAUGGUGAUCCUGAUGCUAUACCAUAUAGAACGAUUCAUUUCCCUUCUCAUAAAUUAGAAAACGUAAAGGUUAUGGUGGUUUUGUUGAGAUCUCCACAUAGACUUCCACUAGCUUUGACAAGGACCAGAUUACAAGAGUUUUUAGGAUUAUGUCCGAAUUUGGAAAGAUUGGAUAUAGGUUUGGUCACUAUCAAAGAUGAGACUUGGGAGAUGGGACAUGAUGCCAUGAGGAAAAGAGCCGGGGAGAGGGCAAUGGGAUUGGGAAAGUUUCUGGGGUGUUUAUGUGUCGAUAAUCCUGGAGUGGAAGUGAGAGUGGUGAAUGCUGAUAAUGUUCAGGCGGGGUUGGUUUCCGAAGUCGGAGGAAUGAAGGGGAUGGUAGAGAAGGAAAUGAAGAUUUUGCAGAGAGGGAUCAAGGUGAAUGCUCGAGUGGGACAAGAACAGGAAGAAAGGACUGAGGGUGAGGAAGGUGGAGAUGUACCGAGUGUAGGAGGGAAGGGUAAAGAAAGAGUCGUCGAGCCCAGAGAACCGACCUUCAUCACCAUGGAGGAUUUCUUGGCAGAGGAAGGGUACGAUUGGGUUGGGGUUUUCCGAUAUGCCUCGGGAAGGCCAAUGGUGUGAGCGAUGGAAUCGAGUAGAGAAGAUUUAUGGGUCAAGGCGUCAUCUGGUUGGUAGGAGUGUACUAUAUAGAUUAUAUUCAUGGAAUGGGUUGAUGACAUAUAUGGC